UUUCUUUGAUAAAACUAAAUACAUUUCAGAACGUAAUCCGUUAAAACUAGUGCACUCCACAGACAGUCGAGGUUUGUCCCUGCAAGGAUCGGUUUUGCUUGUCAUCUGUGCAUGCAGGAUCAGGUGCGGUCAUCUCGAGACUGCGACGGAGCUGCGGCUUCCUCAGCAUCAGCAUCUCCAUCAAAUCGAAUACCGCGGAGACUUGUUACCUGGCUUGCAGACUAAAGAGGAUAUUGAAUUUGUAUCCUGCUGGGAGGAAGCAAUGAAGUCUCAUCCAUCACUAUCUAUUUGUAUCCUGUUUUUGUGUCUGUCAUGUAUGGUGGGUGUGGUCAGUGCCACAAACCCAUACCAGAAACCCGGCUUCUUGGACUUUGACUCGUGGUUCUGGCACACUCCUCGAGGGCCACAAAUGUAUUCUUGCAUUACCUACAUAGAGAGAAAUCUUCAGGUUGACUGUAUAUUCCCAGAGACUCACAAGAUCCCUGGGCCAUUUUGUGAGUUCAAACAGGAUGGUCGACUUAUGGGAUCCACCUACCCAAACACUCCAGUUCAGCUGAUACCACCUAUUGAGACCCGACGGCGAGUCAACGUCUCCUUGGUGGCCGCUAACAUUUGUCGCCUCACCUGGAUGCCCUUGUCCGAUGACCGUGCAUACACUUACACCUGCAGGGUUUACCAGGGCAGCACCUGGAAAGAGAACAGUAUGGCGUUCCACCAAAGAAAUCUACUGGUGUGUUCUGCCAUAAGCAUGUUGUUCCAUACAGGACCAUGGAUGCUUGGAGUUGUCAUAUCACUUCCGAUGUCUCUUGGGUUCUUGUCAGGAUGACCAGUCGCACAUCUAGCAAGCUAAAACAUUUCAUCCUCUCAAAAUUGUGAACUUUCUUUUAGUUUUCACUUUUUGUUUGUUUUGAAUUUAUUUUUUUGAAGCAAUGAGAAUACUUUAUGUGCGAAAAACAAACCAAAAUAACGACUUUAAUCGAUAUAUUCUCCUCUGUCUUGUCAGUCUAUGGUGCGUGUUCACGAGAGCACUUCGACGCAUGUGCAUUCGGUGGGGGCAGACGCCGGCAUUCUGACUGACAACCUGGAAGCGCAACUCUGUGUUUACAAGCAGACGCAGGCUGUAUAUAAGCUGAUCUUCGCAAAAUGUCUGAUGAUUUCGAUAUUGAGGAAGACUUGCACUUUUUGCCCAACCGAAUGCGCAUGCAUUUUGAGAUGAACUUUUCCUUUAACGAACAAACAGCUGUUGUUGCAGCAACUAUCACAAAAGUAACCACAUCUGUUCAUGAUCAAUUCCUAUCUAUGACAGGACAGUCUGAUAUGAUCAUAUAGUCAGAUUAGUGUUGCUUGUCAGUUUGCAAUCACACUGCCAUCUUAUUGCAUAGCAUACAUAAUAUAGCACCAAACAAUAAAUGCCGAAACCUGAAAUGAUCUUCAUCGUCCAAAACAUACAUUCUUUGUUAUCAGAUUGUUUGUUAUUGUUUUGAUAUAUGAACCUUUAUAAAAUAGUCAUGUGCUUCCUUGACAACUCAUAUGCUCAAUAGGAUAUGGUUUUUAUUGCGGACAUUUUUCUAAUGUUUCUAGAAAUAACUGAUUGAUUCAUUAUAAUCUAUAAUCUGGUUGAUUGGUUGGCUGGUUUAUUGAUCCUUGUUAUUUGUCCAGUUCAAAAUGCAUUAUAGUGCUGUUUAAACACAUUAUCAUGGCCAUAACAACUCCGUUUGUUUCCUGCACUGUUUAUGGACGGCCCUGAAGGACACCCCCUCUGCACAUAUAUUGUAUUGCAGAACUUGCACUUGAUGCACAGGUCAGAACUAUUGUAUGUAUCCUGUUCACAAAAACAAUCCAAGGACAAGUUUUAAGGAAAACAUGUGUAUUUUAAUGACAAUAUGAAAGCAAUCUAAGUAUGCUUGACAUAAGUAUUUUGAUGUACUCAAACAUAUAUUCAUGUGUCUUCCAUUGUGAUCGCAUGUACAGUGCAGCUUCUUUAUGCACAAGCUUAAUUGCACUGCAUUUCCCACUUGCCCCCCACCCCAUCUCUACGUGCCUUAGGUUUGAUUAAGGUAUAACUAAACUGUGCUGCAUAUAUUAGCUUUAAUUUAGUCUAUAAUGACUAUAAUGAGGUAUUGCAUUGCAAUAUACACUGACAUGCACAUUUCAUGCACAUAUAAUUGUGUGGGAAAACUGAGAUUUCUUUUUCACUGUGUUCUACUAUGUCAUUUUAUGAAGGAUCUAUGUCACAGAAUUCAAUAAAGGAAGGCAGAGAGUAAAGUGUGUAUAUGUUAUAUUUAUUAUUAAAUCCUUCCCGUUUGUCACUUUUCUGCUAUAUCUGCUAGGCCUAUACACUAUACACGUCUGCCACAUGGUCAUUUCAGGAACAAGAAGUGUGAAGAGACGUUAGUGUUAGUGUGAAUGUAAUCCUUGUGUUACAUUUCAUUAUUUAA